UCCUCUGCAUUUCUUCUGUUGCUGUGGCAGGCUGAGUGGAUUUGUUGACUUUCCCGCUUGGCCCCUUGACAUUAGCCCGCGACUCCCCCAAGCGCACACCAUCAUGGCCCCUUGAAGCAACAAACACCAGCACACGUACACACAUAUUUUUGCCAUUGCAACAGAGCUCGACGACAACACAAGCGCGGCCGCCGCAUCCUACCAUCACAACGACUUGUACGCCAGCAACAAUGGCCGGCGUCCAGGGCACAGCUCUUACAGCUCCGCGUGGGAUACCCCGCUCGGCGAACAAAGAAAAGGACAGCUUUUGCUGGCAGGACAUGGCGAGCGAGGCGGGGGCGGCCGACUUCUUUGAUCAGUAUGUGCAGCUGGGCGACCACUCGGACGGCGAGUCUGCAGCGGGAAUGGCGGACGGCGGCCUCGGCCAGUUCUGCGGUGCCUCUGAUCCGACCACCUCGCCACACAUGUCAUUCGACGAGUUCCUGUCCGCCGGCGGAGCCCAGAGUCAGACAAUGGGAGCUGUGCAGGAACAUACUACCUCUACGAAACCCGGAGCGAUGGCCAUCAACGCCGCCAGCUCGACGACGACACCGGGAGGUCCUGACCCGCGACAGCAUCAGCAUCCGCAUGGUCAUCAGCUGCAUUCUCAAUACCGAGGCGCACUAAACAUGAAGAACUUUACCAAGCCCGAGAUCGAGGUCGACGAGGUACCCUAUGGCGGCGUUACAGAAGCGCCGGGGGGAGGCUCCAUUUCGGAUUCGGAAUUGCUGAAGCUCGAGGGCUUGACGAUGCGCUCGCCGCGCAUCCAGAUCCCGCAGCUGUCGGCGUCGGAGCCCGCCUCUCCUCCGUCACAGUCCACCAGCCCCAGCAAGGCCAGCCGGCUGGGCGCCUUCUACGACAAGAUCCGCAGCAAGGCGGCCACGCUGCACGCGAAGACGAAGCAGCGGUCGGAGAUCAAACCGGAUGCGGAGGCGUCGUCGCUCGCGGCUCCCAUCAUGUCGACGGCCCCUGGCCGGCCACGGCCCCAGAGCUUGCAGUUCUCCAAGGCUCAGCUGCCGUCUCCGCCCCUUACCAGUGGCAUGCCCAAUCCGGCGCAGCGACCGUUUGCCGGCAGCAGUGCUAGCGACGCGAGCUUCGUCAACGCCUUCCUGGACGACCCCUUCGUGGCAAUCGGGCAGCUCAGCGGCCAGUUCGUGGCUCCGCUGCAGCUGAACGGCAGUAUCAUGCCCCAUACGCCGCUGCGGACCCCCCUCCUGGAUGGCUGGCAGCUGCCGACCGGCGCUUGCUUCCCCGGCGUCAACGGGGAUGCGGCCAACAUGUGGUGGCACCCGUCGGCCCCGGACGUGAUGGACACCGACUUGGGGCCCCUAUCCUACAACAACAACAACAACAACAACAACAACAACAACAACAACAACACCGCCAGUGCCCGCAGCGCGUCGCUCCAUCUCGCCGCCGUCCAGCUGCAACAGCAGCACCAGCAGCAGAGCUUCGAGUAUCCCGCGCCUCCCGACACCGAAGACGGCUUGAACUUUGCCACCAGCGGCCUGAUGCUCCACAUGCCGCAGCCCGGGGGCAUCUCCGCGGCCGUGUUGCACCACAGCGACAACACCACCACUAACAACCACCGCCCGACGCGCGCCGACCACCACCAGCGCCAUCGCCGUCCCAAACCGCGGGCUCCGUCGUCGGGCGCGCGGCACCACCAAUACGCACCGGGCGUCUCCCCGCGCAAGGCACGCAGCGGCAGCACAAGCCGCAUCGGGUCUGCCUCGCCGAGCCCCAAGAUUGCCGGGGGUUCUUCUUCUACUCUUCUUCCCGCAUCUUCUAUUUCCGCAUUAUCCACUGGCGGGGGCGGCGGCGGCGGCGGUCGCUUGCUGCACCGGCGCAGCGCCUCCAUGCAGACGCUGCACAGCCAGCCCAUGCCGCCGUCGUCGUCGUCGUUGUUGCCCGUCGCGGACGGGGGCGCGGCAAUCCGCAAGCGCCGCUCGUGGACCGGCCGGCGUACAUCGUCGUCUUCGUCGUCGCUGCAUCAUCAGUAUCACUCACUCGCCGUUGCGGCCGCAGCAGCAGCAGGUGGUGGCGGUGUGGUAAAUUCCGCGUCGAACUCCCCUUCCUGUCGCCGCACUACUACUACCACUACCACCACUACUGGUAGUAGUAGUAGAGAUGGUAACAAGGAAGGGAAACGCUCUUCCUCCUCCUCCCGCCGCACCUCCUCCUCAAACCUCGACCUCAACCCCUACGAAAAGGACAAAGAAAAAGAAAGCGACGACGGCUUCGUGAACUACACGCCGCAGGACCGCGCCCUGCUGAUGACGGGCGUGGCGCCGUCGGGUUCGUCCAAGACCAAAGCGAGGCGCGAGCGCGAGGCGGCCGAGAGACAGCGCGAGUUCCGCGCGCGCCUGGCCAAGAUGGUCGAGGCGGCCGGCGGGGAUGUGAGGAAGCUCGAGCUGGUCGGAUUGCAGCUUGACGGCAAAAUGGGGGGUUGGUGA